AUGUGUAUUGCCCAGAGCGGCAGCUGGAAGGCCGCGCCACAGUACGAGGUUGAAGGUCUCAACGACGCCAUCCACCAGAAAACACACCACCACAUUUCGAGUAUCUACUAUCUAACCGAUGGCGGGAGGGAUUUUCACUUUACUGGUUCUCAGAUCGGAGGUAUGUGGACCAGUACCAAGCUCAUGUACCGCGGUACUACGCAAAACCCCCUUCUUCAACACUGGAAAGGUCGUCAUGGGAUAGCUCAGCUUAAAUUACUUCGUAACUGUAAAGACUCGGCGGCAGAACGCCAUUUCAAGAUCACAAGGUACUCUAGAUUCUCUCUCAUUGUUGGAAUGGGCGGAAGCAAAAUAGUCUUCAGUGCAAGUGCAGCUCAUGUGACCUGUGAGGCAGCUACCUACAUACAGCAAGUACCUCGAACUACCUACCUAGGCACGUAA